UGCCUUCCAUCUUGCUCCCGCGUGUGUACGCUCCAAGUGCACAGGUCAGUGUGGAGCCCUAAAAUCUUUCAUUUCCCGCACAGUCACACCCAACUCGGACGGCACAAGAUGAAAGAAACUAUAAUGAACCAGGAAAAACUCGCCAAACUGCAGGCGCAAGUCCGCAUUGGUGGAAAGGGCACUGCUCGCAGAAAGAAGAAGGUAGUACACAGAACAGCAACCGCUGAUGACAAGAAGCUUCAGUUCUCCUUGAAAAAACUUGGCGUCAACAACAUCUCUGGCAUUGAGGAGGUCAACAUGUUCACAAACCAGGGAACGGUGAUCCACUUCAACAACCCUAAAGUGCAGGCAUCUCUGGCUGCCAACACCUUCACCAUCACGGGGCACGCUGAGACCAAGCAGCUGACCGAGAUGCUGCCCAGCAUCCUCAACCAGCUGGGGGCCGACAGCCUGACGAGCCUCAGGAGGCUCGCAGAGGCCUUGCCCAAGCAGUCUGGAGAUGCCAAAGCGCCAAUUGCUGCUGGUGAGGAAGAUGAUGAUGAAGUUCCAGACCUGGUGGAGAACUUCGACGAGGCUUCAAAGGAUGAAGCGAACUAAAGAACACCCCAAAAUCAGUUUCCCAACUUGAUUGGGCAAUGUGGAGCUACUGUUUUGUAUUUCUUUGUAAUGUUACAUGCUUUUUUUUUGUAUUGUUCCCAUGUCUAUAUCGGGUUUGAGAAAUCGAUACAUUGUACACACGUCAAAA